GCUGCAGGCACCGGUGAAGCGUCUAAGGGACCAUCUUGGUUGAGGGCGGAAGUGAGGACUGUGUCGCGCCAGAGGAGCCCACGGAUUCUCCCGGACCCACGUGGAAGCGGCGCUGAAGAUGCUGCGCCGCGAGGCCCGCCUGCGCCGCGAGUACCUGUACUGCAAGGCCCGGGAGGAGGCGCAGCGCUCAGCCCAGGAGAGGAAGGAGCGGCUGAGGCACGCGCUCGAAGAAAACCACCUGAUUCCCACUGAGUUACGCCGAGAGGCUCUGGCCUUAUAGGGGUCCCUGGAGUUUGAUGAUGCAGGAGGUGAAGGUGUGACCAGCCACGUGGAUGAUGAAUACCGAUGGGCAGGAGUCGAGGAUCCCAAGGUUAUGAUCACUACCUCCCGAGACCCCAGUUCCCGCCUCAAGAUGUUUGCAAAGGAGCUGAAGCUGGUGUUCCCAGGCGCCCAGCGAAUGAACCGAGGUCGACAUGAAGUGGGGGCACUGGUGUGAGCCUGCAAAGCCAAUGGUGUCACCGAUCUGCUGGUUGUUCAUGAGCAUCGGGGCACACCUGUGGGGCUCAUUGUCAGCCACCUGCCCUUUGGCCCUACUGCCUACUUCACGCUGUGCAACGUGGUCAUGUGGCAUGACAUCCCAGACCUGGGCACAUUGGAGGCCAAGCCCCACCUCAUCACACAUGGCUUCUCCUCCCGCCUAGGCAAGCGGGUCUCUGACAUCCUCCGAUACCUAUUUCCUGUGCCCAAAGAUGACAGCCACCGGGUCAUCACCUUCGCAAACCAGGACGACUACAUAUCGUUCCGGCACCACGUGUACAAGAAGACGGACCACCGCAACGUGGAGCUCACUGAGGUCGGGCCCCGCUUUGAGCUGAAGCUGUACAUGAUCCGCCUGGGCACGCUGGAGCAGGAGGCCACAGCUGACGUGGAGUGGCGCUGGCACCCUUACACCAAUACUGCACGCAAGAGGGUCCUCCUGAGCGCCGAGUGAGCCCACUCACCACUCAGUCAGGACGUGGACUUGGAACUCAGGAUGGGGCUGUCACAGACAGGCCUGCCGAGCUGGGAUGUGGAACUGGGGUGGGUGGAGAGGUCUGAAUCUGCGUCAGGUCAGGCGGGGUCUGCAGGGCAAAGUCCAUUGGGGUCCCUUUGGGUGGGGACCUGAUGGCUGUGGGACGUGCUUGGGCCUGGAGUCAGUGUGGGGGUUAACACAGUCAGAUAAGGCCCGGCGCGGUGGCUCAAGCCUGUAAUCCCAGCACUUUGGGAGGCCGAGACGGGCGGAUCACGAGGUCAGGAGAUCAAGACCAUCCUGGCUAACACGGUGAAACCCCAUCUCUACUAAAAAU